CAAGGACGACUAAAAUGGUGACCAUGCCGACGGACGACCUGCUGUCUCCAGCGUCAAAGCUCCUGUCCCCCGUGACAAGACUCAAUAAGGCGAAGGACAUUAUGAACGAAGAGCAACGGAAGCGGAUGGCGGCGUUGUCUGACCAACGCAUUCGCGAAGCGAUAGCCAAAGAUCCGGUGACGCGAACGCUUCGACGACCGACGUCGUCUGCUACGGCCCUCGAGCCCUCCAAGUUACAAGAUACAUACUCCGUUGACACAAAAAAUAGCAUUGCUACAGAUCACCGACCUGAGCCCCAACGACGUGUACACAAGAACGAUUCUGUUGACAUCACGGACAUCCCGUCCACCGUGCGCUCCAAGUCGAUGGAACUCGAACGAAGCUACGAACUUCUCCGUCGAUUGAAAGACGAAGACAUUCGUGCGAAGCUUCGCAAACAGGCUGUGAAGGAGAACGUCGUUCCAACGUCAAACUACCACCUGAAACACUAUGGUUUAGCCGAUAGCGACCGGAUCAACAUCUACGCGCCAUUUGAAGGGUCGUCGUCCACCGAUGUUCCAAAGCGUAUGGAGCCAUCUCUGGGGCAACAACCUCGAGAGCGCAGACUUCCCCCACAUGCUGGCGCAUCGUCCUCCUCUCGCCAUGCUGGACCCGUCAACAACGACGAUGACAUCCCCCAGCUGAUUCGCCGCAAGGCAGUCCGCCCGCCGCCGCCGCCAGCUCAUUCCAGACCAACCCAGCCUCAAGCCCCAACGCCGUCGCCAAUCUCAUCCAAACGAAAGGCUUCAAAGCAACCUCGGGUCACUCGAACGACGCCCAUGAAAACCAGACUGCGGGCUCGCCAAUCGUCCGUUCCGUGGGCGUGGCUGGGUCACUUGACUCAAGGCGCGGGGAUUGCAUGUGGGUUGGUCACGCUGGCCCUGGUCCUGGCUCAAGACCACACACCCCUAGUCCACUCCGUAGCGGCGCACGGCAUGGCAGCGUUGGAAUCGACUGUUCAAGUACUGAGCCUACACCACCGCUCCCUUUUGAUCGCAGGGCUGGUGGUGUCGUUGGGGCUGCUGCUGUGGUUGAGCCAAGGCUUGUCAGCAUCGGACCAGCGCACGAUUGAAAGACUGGUGGUGUGUGCAAAAGAGGAGCUGCUGCUACACGCGACUUCCAACCUCCCGGGCCACACGGCCAUCCCAGAGGCGUACCUACGGGAAGCCAUCUUGGACCUGCUCGGGUACAAAGGUCCUACCCGCGUCAAAGCCGACUCGUUGUGGCCGUCGGUGCGGCACACGCUGGGCACGGACAGCCGCAUCCAGUGCUUUCAAGCGAGAUCCAAGCGCGGCCUGUUCCUCUGGGAGUGGGUGGCUCCGCAGUCCCAGGUUGCGAUGAAUCGAUACGCGGCGGCGGUGACUACCCUUCGAAACGAACACGUCGACACGUCGAUGUAAUAUUAUGACAAAUACAGAAACGUUGUU